AUGCACUCUUUUGAAGAGACUCCAUUUGAUAAACACACAGUGAUAGAGAAGCAUGGCGGGGAGGACGAGCCUCCAGCUUCACAAUCUGUCAAUAACAAGUGCACCGAUAUUUGCCAAGGUGACUUUAAAGGAAAAUCAUGUGCCAAGAUAGUUCUUGUCACUGUGACCCAUAGUGCAUUUCCUGAUAGGAGAUUUCGUACCUAUGCUAUCUUGGAUGAUCAAAGUAACCGUACAUUGGCACAAAAGGAUCUGUUUGACGUGUUUGACAUAGUUGGCGAAAGACAGGAUUACACCUUGUCAAGUUGUGCUGGCAAUACACUUAUGUCAGGCAGACGAUCUGCAGGAUUCACAGUGGAAUCACUUGAUGGUACUUACCGAGUUGAUCUGCCGACUCUUAUCGAGUGUACAGAGAUACCGAAUGAUCGAUCGGAGAUACCUACCUGUGACAUAGCUAUGCUUCACGAACACUUAAGACCGAUUGCUCAUGAGCUACCGCCCACUGAACCAGAGAGUCGCAUCAGUCUCUUAAUUGGCAGAGAUGUGCCUGAAGCACACCAUGUUCUUGAUCAAAUCAUUGGACCUUACUCUAAACCAUAUGCUCAAAAACUAAGGCUUGGGUGGGUUGUCAUAGGAGAUGUUUGUCUACAAGGUCGACAUGUACCAGACAGAGUUUGCGCAAGAAAAACUCAUGUGUUGCAUGAAGGAAGGGGCUCAAUAUUCCGACCUUGUAUGAGUAAGCUCGAGGUUUCUGAUGACUACGGAUUGAGUGAACCAUUGAAAGAGAUCCCCUUUCGGACGAGAGAAGAUAUAUUUGCAUCAAUCGUUUUUGAACGAACCAAAUACGAUGACAAGAUUGGUUUGUCUUGUGAGGACAGAACUUUCAUGGAGAUAAUGGACAAGGAGUUCCACAAGGACAUAGAUGGGAGUUGGUGUGCCCCUCUCCCAUUCAAGCCGUCUCGCGAGCGACUCCCAAACAACAGAAAAAUGGCUCUUCAUCGUGCGAUGUCACUUGAAAAGAGUUUGAAAAAGGACUCAACAAAAUGUGAACAUUUCAUUGCAUUCAUGGAAAAACUGCUCAUCUGCAAGCAUGCCGAAAUUGCUCCAGAUCUGGUCGAAGGAGAAGAAGUUUGGUAUCUUCCACUGUUUGGGGUGUACCAUCCGAGAAAACGUGACCAGAUACGAUGUGUAUUUGAUUCGUCAGCUAAGUUUGAAGGAGUAUCUUUAAACGAUGUCAUGUUAUCUGGUCCAGAUCUUGUCAACAAUCUUAUUGCAGUACUGAUGCGAUUUAGGAAGGAACCUGUUGCCGUGAUGGCCGACAUUCAACAAAUGUUUUAUUGCUUUACAGUACGAGAAGAUCAUCGCAAUUUUUUGAGGUUUCUUUGGUAUCGUGACAACAACUUAGGGAAUGAGCUUGUGGAAUACAGAAUGAAAGUCCACGUGUUUGGCAAUUGUACGUCACCCGCGUUGGCAGCAUAUGGUUUGCGAAAAUCUGCUGAUGAAGCUGCCGACCAGUUUGGUUCUGAUGUGAAAUACUUCAUUCAGAAACAUUUCUACGUGGAUGAUGCACUUAUCUCUGUGCCAACAAGUGAAGAAGCCAUAAGUCUGUUACAAAGAAGUCAAGAAGCGCUCAGGAUGCAUGACAAGUUGCGUCUUCAUAAAUUCGCAUCAAACAGUGAAGAAGUCAUGGCAGCUAUAUCACCUGAUGAUCUUGCUAAGGAUCUUAAGGAUCUGGACUUUGACUCAGACCACUUGCCACUUCAAAGGAGUCUUGGUCUACACUGGGAUCUGGCUUUGGAUGCAUUUACGUUUCGCAUCUCCAUGGAGGGAAGGCCGUACACUCGUCGUGGCAUUCUAUCGACUGUGCACAGUAUUUUCGACCCACUUGGAUUUAUUGCGCCAGUCACGAUUCAAGGUAGAAUCAUUCUGCGAAAGAUUACCUCUCAGUCUGUUGGUUGGGAUGAGCCAUUGUCUGCGGAGCACUUGGACGAGUGGAAACAAUGGGGAAAUUCUUUAGAUUUACUCAAUGAUCUUCACAUUCAUCGAAUGUACGUAGCAUACUCUUUGCAAAAGGCUGUCACCAAAGAGUUACACAUCUUUGCAGAUGCCUCUGAGAAGUCAUAG